CGCAACUCUCCACUUCCACGUUCAUCCCUGGGGGCGGCCAUCUUGGAGCGAGUGGCGGCCGUCCAGGUCCAAACUUCCUCCGCAUUCCGCGAAGCGAGCAGGAAGGUGGGGUCUCCAAAAGUUGGAAACAGCCCGCCCUCUCCCUGCUGUGGAGCCAUAGCAGAUUUUGACCCCCACUCUGGAGGCGGUAUCUAGAUCACCAUGGCAACUGGACAGAAGUUGAUGAGAGCGAUUCGAGUAUUUGAAUUUGGUGGACCAGAAGUGCUGAAACUCCUGUCGGAUGUUGUAGUCCCAGUUCCAAAAGACCGUCAGGUUCUAAUCAAAGUCCAUGCAUGUGGUGUCAACCCAGUGGAGACAUAUAUCCGUUCCGGGACGUACAGUAGGAUACCACCCUUACCAUAUACUCCUGGCACCGAUGUGGCUGGGGUAAUAGAAUCCAUUGGCAAUAAUGUGUCUGCUUUCCAGAAAGGCGACAGAGUCUUCACCACGAGCACCAUCUCGGGGGGCUAUGCAGAGUACGCUCUGGCCACAGAGCACACGGUGUACAUGCUGCCCACGAACCUGGACUUCAGGCAGGGAGCUGCCAUCGGGAUCCCGUACUUCACUGCCUGUCGAGCUCUGCUGCACAGGGCCCGCGUGAAAGCUGGAGAAAGUGUUCUGGUUCAUGGAGCUAGUGGAGGAGUUGGACUAGCCACGUGCCAAAUUGCUAGAGCUUAUGGCUUAAAGGUUUUGGGUACAGCCAGUAGUGAGGAAGGACGAAAGAUUGUUUUGCAAAAUGGAGCCCAUGAAGUAUUUGAUCACAGAGAAGCUAAUUAUAUUGAUAAAAUCAAGAAAUCUGUUGGUGAAAAAGGAAUUGAUGUGAUUAUUGAAAUGUUAGCUAAUGUAAAUCUUAGUAAUGAUUUGAAACUUCUGUCAUAUGGAGGACGAGUAAUAGUUGUUGGCAGCAGAGGUUCUAUUGAAAUAAACCCACGGGACACCAUGGCAAAGGAGUCUAGCAUAACCGGAAUUUCUCUGUUUUCAUCAACCAAGGAGGAAUUUCAGCAAUUUGCAUCAGCUCUUCAAGCAGGAAUGGAAAUUGGUUGGCUGAAACCUGUGAUAGGUUCUCAGUAUCCACUGGAGAAGGUCGCCCAGGCUCAUGAAAAUAUCAUUCAUGGCAGCGGAACUGUUGGAAAAAUGGUUCUUCUGAUAUGAUGAUUCUUUCAUGGGCUUCCAGUCUAAUUGGGAGGUUUUCUUUCUUCUACCUUAUUUACGUUGUCAUUAAUUACAUUUAUAUGAUUCAGUGGAUUUGUCUUACAAAAACAAGAUUUUUUCUUUAGGGAGUAGAGACAGUGGAGUAAAGUUUAUUUUAUAGCUGGCAAUUGUUUUUUAAUGCCUUCUAUCUUAAAUCAAGGAGUUAUAGUAGGAAAGAACGUGGUAGUGGUCACUUGGUAUCGGUGUACGUUUCAGAAAUUCUUAACUGAUACUUGCUUAACUCCAUGCUAUUGAUUAAGGCAUGUUAAUUCUAAGUCAGACUGAUUGCCAAGUCUACUAAUCUUAUUAAAGGUUCAUUAAUCACCUCUGAUGAGCCCAUAGCCAAAUGGGACCCCACAGACUAUUUGGACUAAAAAAAAAAUCCCUUCUCCAAGAUAAUCUCAUUGCUUGUUACUUAGAAGGGAGAAAUUUGUUGAUUUUUCCAUUAUUUCCAUAAAUAGUAGAUAAUUCACAGUAUCACUGGGUGAUUGUCAGUGACCUGUAUGUUCUUUGAGGACAGCAGCCUUCUUGGGUCUAUGGUACAGUCACCAAGUAGGGAUUUCGUGAUCUGUUAGAUUUUCAGAGUAGAUGAAGUUAUCUUUUUGUGUGGCAUGGGUCAAAAAUUUUUGUUUAACAAGUUGACAAAUUUCCUAUAUUAAGAUGAUCUGCUUUUGUUUUCUUAACACAAUAUUUAAUAAUAAAUUCUACAGAAAAUUAAAUCCUGUGUUACCCAGUUGGCCUUCAUGUAGUACUUGCCUCACAUUACUUUGGCGUAGCUACUAAUGGUUACUUACUAGUGGUGCUACCUAAACUAAAUAGAGGAAUAAACUUUCAGAAAUCUUGCCAUCAUUGUUAUGUCCAAAGAAAUAAAUUUUGGUUGUUUA